AAUUCAACAAGCUCAGAGAGGGAGUGACAGCCCAGAAGCGACACAGGCAAAACUCAGGGCCUGUUAAAACAACACGCUGAACACCCAUCAACAAAACUGUCCUUUGUUGGAUUUCUUUGAGCUGCCUGCCGGGCGGGCUCCCGGCCAAGACUCCAAGCAGCGGCGCCCAGCGCGCACCACGCUCACGCCAGGCGCCGGCCCUUCGCCUUGUCUCGGUGUAUUUCGCCGCAGCCCAGGAGCGGGGCUCAGCGCACUGCACAGCCCGGAUCCCAGGCCUGCGGCGGGCGCGGCGGGAGGCCGGGACGCAAGGAGUUAAGCGCGGGCGGCCGAGCCGGGCUGCGGAGAGGCGGCGGGCGCGGGAGCUCGAGCUGCAGACUGCUCCAGCAGGGCCGGGAGUGCAGGCGCCCGCGCAGCCCCAGCCUCAUCCCCCGGCCUCAGCCUCGCUCAGCCCCAGCCCUGGCUCCGCGCUCCGCGCUCCACGCUCCGCGCUCCAGGCUUCCUGCUCCGCGCUGCGCCCUACCGGGCACGGAGAUCUCGGCGCAUCCCCAGGCAGACCAUAGAUUACAUAGUCUGUGGUAGCCGAGUGGCCUGAAGUGUAACCAGAUGGAGUCCUUCCAGCACAUGUCCCCAGAAGGUGGCACACAACUUGGUCACCCAUUGGAGAUAGAGAAGAGGCCAGCAUCAGAGCUCUCAGUGAACUAAUCAGACUCAACAGCCCAGAGGGCUGAGAAGGGGUCAGAGUGACUUUGCAGCUGGGGGGCUCCCUCCCCCAAUGCCUGUCACCAGAGUUCUUUAGCCACACCCUGAGUGAAGAAUAAGAUGUGGGGAAUGGAGACUGUGUCCUGUAAAUCUGCUCUCUUGGCCCCAGGCAGCCCACCUUGACCUUGCAUUCCAGUAACCUUUGUCCUUGUCACCUCUGGACUCAGCCAGGAGCUGGCUUGCUUUCCUGCUACAGUGUCUCCGUGGAGGGAUCAGAGCAUCGAGCCCAUUGCGGUUUCAUUCCUGUGGAGUCCUGAGAAGCCACUCCCUCCACGCCCCUUCCCAGCCAUCCACUCAGCCAGCCCCGAGCCAGUCCGGAAUGAUCCUGCUAUGGCCAAGCUCUGGUUCAAGUUCCAGCGGUGUUUCCGGUAUUUCCGCAGGAAGCCCGUGCGCUUCUUUACCCUGCUGGCUAUCUACCUGACCGCCGGGAGCCUCGUCUUCCUGCACUCGGGCUUCGUGGGCCAGCCCGCGGUGCCCCAGAGCCAGGCCAGCCCCGCAGCGGGAAGCCAGGCAGAAGGAGCCGAGCUGCCUUUCCUGGGUGACUUGCACCUGGGCAGAGGUUUCCGGGACACCGUGGAGGCCUCCAGCAUUGCACGUAGGUACGGACCCACAUUCAAGGGCAAGGACAGCAGCGAGCGAUCCAAGCUGGGCGACUACGGAGGAGCCUGGAGCCGAGCCCUCAAGGGGAGGGUUGUUCGGGAGAAAGAGAAGGAAAAGGAGGAGGAGAGAGCCAAGUACAUCGGCUGCUACCUGGACGACACCCAGAGCCGGGCCCUGCGAGGUGUGUCCUUUUUCGACUACAAAAAGAUGACAGUCUUCCGUUGCCAGGACAACUGUGCUGAACGGGGUUACCUGUAUGCUGGGCUGGAGUUCGGUGCCGAAUGCUACUGUGGCCACAAAAUCCAGGCAGCCAACGUGAGCGAAUCGGACUGUGACAUGGAAUGCAAAGGAGAGCGGGGCAGUGUGUGUGGUGGCAUCAACCGUCUCACAGUCUACCGGCUGCAGCUGGCCCAGGAGUCUGCCCGAAGGUAUGGAAGUGCGGUGUUCCGGGGCUGCUUCCGCCGACCCAACAACCUCUCGCUGGCCUUGCCUGUGACAGCUGCCAUGCCAAACAUGUCUGUGGACAAGUGUGUGGACCUCUGCACAGAGAAGGAGUUCCCCCUGGCAGCCCUCGCCGGCACCGCCUGCCACUGUGGCUUUCCCACCACACGGUUCCCUCUUCAUGACCGGGAGGAUGAGCAACUGUGCGCCCAGAAGUGCAGCGCGGAGGAGUUCGAGAGCUGCGGGACCCCCAGCUACUUCAUUGUGUAUCAGACACAGGUCCAAGACAACCGCUGUAUGGACAGAAGGUUCCUCCCAGCCAAGUCUAAGAAGCUCAUUGCUCUCGCCAGCUUCCCGGGUGCCGGCAACACGUGGGCUCGCCACCUCAUCGAGCUGGCCACCGGCUUCUACACUGGCAGCUACUACUUUGAUGGCUCUCUGUACAACAAAGGGUUCAAAGGUGAGAGGGACCACUGGCGAAGUGGGCGGACUAUCUGCAUCAAGACCCACGAGAGUGGCCAGAAAGAGAUAGAGGCCUUCGACGCAGCCAUUCUGCUCAUCCGCAACCCCUACAAGGCCCUCAUGGCUGAGUUCAACCGCAAAUAUGGAGGCCACAUAGGCUUUGCUGCCCAUGCCCACUGGAAAGGCAAAGAGUGGCCUGAGUUUGUGAGGAACUAUGCCCCGUGGUGGGCCACGCACACGCUGGACUGGCUCAAGUUUGGCAAGACUGUCCUGGUGGUGCACUUUGAGGAUCUGAAGCAGGACUUGUUUACGCAGCUGGGCCGAAUGGUCAGCCUGCUGGGCGUGGCGGUCAGGGAGGAUCGUCUGCUGUGCGUGGAGAGCCAGAAGGACGGCAACUUCAAGCGCUCGGGGCUGCGCAAGCUGGAGUAUGACCCUUACACAGCGGAGAUGCGCAGGACCAUUGCCACCUACAUCAGGAUGGUGGACGCAGCGCUGCGAAGCCGCAACCUCACUGGGGUGCCUGAUGCCUAUGGUCCAAGAUGAUGGGCAGCCAGGGAGGGACCCAGCACCGCGUGCCCCUUGGCUUCAAAGAGCUGGCUUCCCUCUGGCACAAAGACAGCCCCGGGCUUCUGCCUGCCUUCAGAAAGGCCUCUCCGAGGCCUGAGGAGAUGUCUAGACACCUUCCCCUUGGAGAGUAUGCUGCCUGGUUUGGGGUGUCCCUGUCCCUGCCGUUGGUGGGAUAAGGGAGAGGAUAAUCUGACAGAGGUUGGGAGGUUCUGGCUGUGGCAGCUGAUGGACAUUUUGUAAGCAAUGACCCUGUUCUGACUGUGUGGGCCCCUGCCUCUUCCCCUGAACAAGCAUCGGCUUUCUGAUCUCUCUCAGGCCACCUGUGUGUGACAGCCAGCCAGCUGGGACCUGUCUCUGUGGCCUUGGGUAUCUGACUUCUGAGGUAUAGAGACUGGUGCUCUGGUGUUACAGUGCGAGCCCUCCCCACCCCCCGGGCUAAAGCACAUAUGGAGCCCAAGCUGGGUGUUGUCCCACCUUCAGGACAGCAACCCUGUCCUGUCUGCUCAUGCUAUCCUGUCUUGGGGAGGGGGUGACGUCACGGUUCUUGAUCCUUCUUCCAAAGUCCCUUAGGUACCAAAAACCAACCCAAUAGGUUGGCCAUGUGCCACAUACGAAGCCCCGAGGACCCAUCUUUGCAGGGUGGGGCCUGCAAUGGCUAUCUUACACUGCCCGACUGAUCCCUUAACCAGGGAGUCCUUUACUAUCCAGGGCAGAACAAAAGUGCUCCAACUCAGUGGGAACCACACCCAAAACUGUCCCCUACCUUCUAAGCCAUCAGUCUUCCUUCCCUUGCUUGUAGCCCAGUAGGGCCAACCCCCACUGGGGACUCCUCAGAGUCUGCAGUAAAGAAUGGCUCUCCAUUCCCAUUAUGCCACUGCUCUCUCGACGCUGAGACACCAAAGGAUUUCUGACUCGAGUCACAGAUCAUGUUUUAUGAAGCAUGCAUCCAGGAUCCCAUCCCCCCUCUGGCUUUCCCUCCCAGCCCUUCACCGUCCCCAUUAUAUAAAUGCAAAAGCCAUAGUCACGGCCCCUCGCUCUUCCGUCCGGAGUAGCCCCCUGCAACCUUGGGGGGCAAGCAAACACUCGUUCCCACCUACCCAAGGAACCCUGGAGAAGGUUCGUGAAAAGAGAUAUAUUUUUUUAAGAGGAAUAUGACCAAGACAUUCUACCCCUUGGACACUGGCCACAAAAAAAGAAGGACCAGCUUUCCUUCCCCAACACCCUCAUCUGGAGGGUUUGGACCACCCCAGGGCUCAGCCAAGGGGACUCUGAAUGUAUUUUGUAUGGUGUUACCCACCCCAGACUAAUUUCUAGUUUUCUUUCACUGGGUAGUAGAGGGCCUGGCUUCCCUCCUGCUUGGAGAUCAGCUCUCACUGAGAGACUCUGGGCCCAGAACCUGGGCUGGUUCUUUGCUAGUGGCCACCUCUGGUCACAAACUUUCUGUUCGAAGAUUCCUCAGGUCAACACUAUCAUUAAAAGAGAGUUUUGUUGCUAA